ACUACUCGAUACAGCCGCAAGAUGGCAGCAGCGUCACGUGGACGCUCCAGCUGCCGUAAAACCUCCCUUCGGAGUGGAAAAAGGCGGAAGUUGACCACACUCGACGACCGACGACGGAACAAAAGGGCAAAGCAAACGAACUGAAGUCAUUCGAGUAAACAACACCAAAAUGUUGAAAGAAUUGGUGCAGGAGCGUCUAAUGGCGGCGGCCGAUGAAAUAUUCGCGCUGUUUGAAAGAACCAUAGCGUGCUACGAGGAGGAACUUUCUAGAACGAGAGAGGAAAAGGAGCGACAUCGUCGACUGGAAGCUGCUAGCCAAACUCAAAGUGUGCUACAUGAUAUUGAAGCAGAUGUCCAGCAGCUGAUUGGUCAUCAAGACGAAUAUCCCCCUCAGCUGCAAGGAUGGAUCACCACUCCGGAGCAGGAGGAUCCACAGCCCCCUCGCAUUAAAGCGGAGGAGGACGAACUCGGGAUCACUCAGGAAGAUGUCCAGCAGCUGAUUGGUCAUCAAGAAGAAUAUCCCCCUCAGCCGCAAGAAGGGUUCACCACUUCAAAGCAGGAGGAGCCACAGCCCCCUCGCAUUAAAGAAGAGGAGAAUGAACUCAGGAUCACUCAGAAAGGCGAGUGUCUUCUCGGGUUGAAGAGGGCCGAUUUCAUAAAGCUGCCACUGACCGGUGACUCUCUGAAGACUGAAGACCAUGAGGACCAACCGCCUGAAUUCUCACGGCGUCAUCACAGUCCAAAUAAGGAGAACGGAGGGGCGGAGCCUCCAAGCAGCAGCUUACUACAACACAAGACUACAGAAAUGGAAGGAGACCACUUUGGAGCUCCACUGUCAGAUAGUGACGCUCAAGACAGGGUUGAAGAACCUUUGGGCAUCGAUACACACUGUGAAGAUAUGAGGACUCACACUGACAAGAAACAUUCUAAAUGCUCGAAAAGGAAGACCGUUGGCACCAAGUGGUUGACCUGCUCUUUUUGUGUCAAAAGCUUUUUCAAGAAGAUCGAUUUCACUCGACACAUGAGAACACACACAGGGGAAAAACCUUUUACUUGUUCGGUUUGCGGUAGGCGAUUUACUCUCAAGUCAAAUUUGGCCGUGCACAUGAGGACGCACACGGGAGAAAAACCUUUUGUUUGUUCCGUGUGUGGCAAGGCAUUUUCUCAAAAGCCCCAUCUGAGAGGACACAUGGGAACUCACUACAGGAAAAGCCUUUAGCCGUUCAGUUUGUAGUGAAAGAUUCUCUCGGAAGUCUGCAACGCGCAGGGGAACGCAGACGCGAGAAGAAGCUUGUCAGGGAGAGUUGUGCUCGGCCGCACAUGAGAUUAAGGUGAGAUGAUGAAAUGUACAUACUUUUUCAAGCUACUGUAGAUACCACGAGCUUGCUCGGCUUUGUCUUUCCAAAGCAAAUCCAUCCAAUCCAACGUCUACGGUCUGUAAGAAAACUUACACGCGCUCUUGCUUCCACUGGCUUUGUUCUGAUUUGUUUCUUUUUGUCUCAAACCCUUAACAAUUGUUGUAUGACGUGGAAAAGUUCAAAGAACUCCGGCUUAUUAGUGAUUCCCAGAGCCCCAAAAAAGUCUGCGGGCUAUAGAGCGUUUUCUAUUGGGGCUCCAGUACUAUGGAAUGCCCUCCCGAAUGCCCUACCUCAGUAGAAGCAUUUAAGUGCCAUCUUAAAACUCAUUUGUAUACUCUAGCCUUUAAAUAGACCCCCCUUUUAGACCAGUUGAUCUGCCGUUUCUUUUCUGCUCUGCCACCCUCUCUUUCGUGGAGGGGGCACAGGUUCUGUGGCCACGCAUGAAGCGCUGGCUGUCCAAAGUCCGGACCGCUCGUCUGCACCAGUUGGAGACGUCUCUGCGCUGCUGACCUGUCUUCGCUCAGGAUGGUCUCCUGCUAUGGACUGGACUCUCACACUAUUAUGUUAGAUCCACUAUGGACUGGACUCUCACACUAUUAUGUUAGAUCCACUAUGGACUGGACUCUCACAAUAUUAUGCUAAAUCCACUCGACGUCCAUUGCACCGGUCAUCUGCGGCACCCUCCAAGGUUUCUCAUUGUCCCAUUGGGUUGAGUUUUUCCUUGCCCUGAUGUGGGAUCUGAGCCGAGGAUGUCGUUGUGGCUUGUGCAGCCCUUUGAGACACUCGUGAUUUAGGGCUAUAUAAGUAAACAUUGAUUGAUUGAUUGAUGGUCUUCCACGAGUCGCUGCACCCUUCUGCAAGAACACUUGAUGACUUUGCUGGCACCUUUUAUCCAAUAUCCACUAGCUCUGAGUUCACUUAGUGUUUGGCCAGUGUUGCAUUUUCUGGUGACAGUAGUCAAGUAUCAGUUGUGUAAAAGUACCUUUCUUGGGUACAAUUACUGGAUUUUUCAGCUCAACUGUUGAAGAGGAUUUUCGCAACCUUCCUCCGACUCUAAGCAAGUCGUGUAUAAGAAUCUGGUCAAGCUGGUACAUUUUUGUGUCCUUUUAGCAGCUUUGCUGAAUUUUGGCUGAACCAUUGCAGCUCUUCUCCGAAGGGUUCUCUGUGUGCUGCUUGCAUGAGUGCAACAGCAGCAGUUUUUCUCUUAUCCGCACUUAUUGGUUCAGAACUUGUUCUCUCUGCCAGUCUUUAAAUCCUGGUAACAACGUUAAGACCUGUAUUCUAUUCUGAAAGUCUUGAGGAUCUUGCAAGUGAGGUGUCUGUAAACUAUAGCAUGUGCAUUUUCUAUUAGAUUGCACCUGAUUUAAAGGCCUACUGAAAUGAUUUUUUUUUAUUUAAACGGGGAUAGCAGAUCUAUUCUAUGUGUCAUACUUGAUCAUUUCGCGAUAUUGCCAUAUUUUUGCUGAAAGGAUUUAGUAUAGAACAACGACGAUAAAGAUUGCAACUUUUGGUAUCUGAUAAAAAAAAGGCUUGCCCCUACCGGAAGUAGCGUGACGUAGUCAGUUGAACAUAUACGCAAAGUUCCCUAUUGUUUACAAUGAUGGCCGCAUGAAGUGAGAGAGAUUCGGACCGAGAAAGCGACAAUUUCCCCAUUAAUUUGAGCGAGGAUGAAAGAUUUGUGGAUGAGUAAAGUGCAAGUGAAGGACUAGUGGGGAGUUGAAGCUAUUCAGAUAGGGAAGAUGCUGUGAGAGCCGGGGGUGACCUGAUAUUCAGCUGGGAAUGACUACAACAGUAAAUAAACACAAGACAUAUAUAUACUCUAUUAGCCACAACACAACCAGGCUUAUAUUUAAUAUGCCACAAAUUAAUCCUGCAUAAAAACACCUGCGUGUUUCUAAUGCUAGCUCCUAGCUCCUCUGCUAGCUCCUAGCUCCAUAGAACACGCCAAUACAAUUCAAACACCUGAUCAACACACACAAUCACUCAGCCCAAAAGACCGUUCACCUAACCCAAGGUUCAUAAAGCUUAUAUAUUUUUAAAAAGUUA